AUGGGUGGGACGCAACCGAGGUCCUCGUACGGGUACGACAUGUUCCCCCCGUACCAGAAGAAGGGGGGGAGAAGAUGCACUUAUACGAGGGGAAAGAUCAAAUGUUUGAAUAGGAGGGAUUCUUCGUAUGGAGUUGGGGGAGGAGGAGGAGGAGGUGGGGGUGGGGGUGGUGUAGGUUUGGACUCUUACGCCGCUGCAGCCGUGAUUGGUGGGGCUGGGGGAGGUGGAUAUGGUGGGGGCGGGGGUGGUGGAGGUGGGUGGGGCAAGGGGGGUGGUUCUUCUAAGGGCAAAGGAGGCUAUGGCGGAGGGGGUGGGGGCUGGGGGGAAGAAGAAGAGGAAGACGAAGACGGCGGACUUGAAGCCCUCCUCCCGUACAUCGGACUCCUCGGGCUGAAAGGACUUAAAGGUCUAAAGGGUGCGAAAAGCGCGUUGGCCUUGUUACCAUUGCUCCUCCCACUUUUACCGAUACUUUUACCACUCCUGCUACCCCUCCUGUUGCCCCUCCUCCUCCCCCUGCUGCUGCCCCUUUUGCUCCUCGCAAUUCUAUUCUUGUUCAUUCCGAUCCCUGUAAUUACUGGGAGGACCAUGGCGCGCGGAGGCGCGCAGUUUGAACUGCUGGACGCGAAUAUGACGAGGACCGUACUGCUGGAGAGAUUUGUUGGCUUGAAUGAUUUGGUAAAUGAGGUCGUGACCAGUCCCGAGUGCGUGGAAAGGAUGGCGUGCGAAAUUGCGAGAGUUGGCAGAAAGUUCGGGAUUCAGGAGGGUUUCAUGGAAAAAAUUGUCAACCAAUUACCGAAGGAUGGUAAGACUGGAGGAUUAAAAAUCGGGAUCAAACGUGGCAUCAAGUUUUAUGAUGACGCAAAAGGAAACGAGACAUGUUUGAAAUUAGCUUGUAAACCGUUAACGAAAUGGGAAAAGGGAACAAAUGUUUAAGUAAAAUUUUAUGUAGUAGAAAAUUUUGUGUAUUUAUGACUGACAAAAAAUUAUGAAGUACGUUAUGAAAAUUUACAUAUGAAAUUACGAAUUACGUUACUAAAUUUACGAAAAACUUGAUCAAGAAGACAUUUGUGACGAAUUUGUGACGAAGUGACGAUGACGAUGACGACGUGACGAAAAUAAUUUGGACAAAUAAGUACCUGACAAAUUUACAAUUAUUGGUCUCACUCUUUCACGGACUGACCUAAAAAAUACUCGAUCUACUUUUUUUAACUUGGACUUUGGUGAAGAAAGAAAUGUGUACAAUGUUCCCGAAUUUCUGUUCAACUUCCGGUUUCAAUUUCAUAUUUUUUUCUAUUUAAGAAACUACGUAAUUUAUUUUUAACUUAUUAUUUGACGAAGUUGUAAUAAAAUUGAGAAAUAUGCUCUUGAUAAGACUUGA